GGCUGAUGAACCCUUUCUUGAAGGUACCAAAGGCAUUUUGCAUUGUAAAGCAGAAAAUGGAUAUCCAAAAAAGUACAACUACAGGUGGCAUCCAAAUAACAACACCUCACAAGAUUUAACAUUUCCUAAUAUCAGUCGAAUACAAAAUAAUAAGGUUUUCACUUGUUAUGCUUCUAACAUGUGCAAUAAAAAUGAAUUACAUAAAACACACUGGAUCAAUGUAGAAUAUCCACCUGAUAUUACUGCAUCAGAGAAUGUGACAUUAUUUGAGAAUCAAGCAUCCAUUAUAAACUGUAGUGCAAAAGGAAACCCUACCCCAAAAGUGAGGUUCGAGGAUGAAAAUCGAAGAUUUCUUUCAAACUCUGCAUUAACUUUUAAUCGUACAAAUGUCAGUAAAGUUUUCUGUGCUGCCAUUGCAAAGAGCAAAAAGCAUGGAAAUUUGACAUCUAGAAAGGAAAUUAAUAUCCUGCUGAAAUAUGCUCCUCGAGUAAACUUACAUAUUUCAAAUGAGACAAAUAAUAUAAUAAUUAAUUGCACUGCAUUUGAUGGAAACCCAAAUAUUUAUGAAUACAAACUGAAGCAAAAAUGGAGAAAUGCCACUAAGAAUACUUAUAAUAUGAAUGUAUUAUCUAUAAAUAAUCCUUCUUUCAAUAAUACUGGUACAUGGGUGUGUCAUGUAAGCAAUGAAGAUUUUCAUGUGAAUAAAUCAUCAAACUACAAAAUUCCAGGCAAGUAUUUUACAAAGCCACAAUUUAUCUUUAAAACAUAUUUACAAUUCAAUUUUUAUUUUUAGAAUGGUAAAAUUGUU